AUGGCGCUGCUUCGACCCUUGGCCGCCUCGAUAAGACGACGCCAGCGGCCAGCCACCGACCGUGCAAGCCGCUCGAUCUCGAGUAAGUGCUUCCUUUCCCUCUGCUGCUUCCUGAGUCAUUCAUCUUGCCACGAGGGGGAGAGGGGGAGAGGGGGAGAGAGAGAGACGGAGACGGAGAGGGAGAGAGAGAGCGAGCGCGUGCGAGAGAGAGAAAAUGAAGGCCGUCAUCGGGGCAUGUUCAGCUGCAACGCGCAGGGGGCUCUCUUCGACCAGCGCUGCCGAUUUUCGAGAAAUCGAGAUGACUCGCGCGCUUUCUCCAGCUAGACCGCAAAGAUCCAGACCCCGCUACAGUAGCACCAGAGCGCCAGAGCAUCAGGAGCAUCAGGAGCAUCAGGGCAUCAGGGCAUCAGGGCAUCAGGGCAUCAGGGCAUCAGGGCAUCAGGGCAUCAGGGCAUCAGGGCAUCAGGGCAUCAGGGCAUCAGGGCAUCAGGGCAUCAGGGCAUCAGGGCAUCAGGGCAUCAGGGCAUCAGGGCAUCAGGGCAUCAGGGCAUCAGGGCAUCAGGGCAUCAGGGCACCAGAGCAUCAGAGCAUCAGGAGCACGGCUCCUCGGCAUACCUGCCGAUUGAUGAAUCGUCAUCAGCUGCUGAGGGCGGCACUCGAAAUUGCACGCAGCGAACAAAGCUUCAAAAGGUCCAAAAGGUCCAAAAGGCUCCCAGAGGGCUCUUCGACGUCGCGGAUGCUUGCCACUGCCACUGCCAGGCCCCGUGGAUGCCGAAUCUCUUGCACAUCUAUUCGUAAUGGAACAGUCGAUCAUGCCCCCCCGGAGCGACAAUCCACGACAGCCUCGUGCGGACUGGGGUGUGAGAUCGCGGCGUCGAGGGGGGGAUUAAAACAUUGCCGUCGCGUUUCGGUUGCGAUGUGGUUCAAGCCAUAAAGCAGUAAACGAGAAACAAGUGGACGGCGAGGACGGGCAGCGGUCGCGACUCGCGACCCGCGACUCGCCAGCCAAAUCAGCGCAAUGAUCGAUGUUCAAUGGCGGUGCAAGUAUCCUCUUCGGGACUACUGCUGUCAUCACCACCCUCCGCGCAUACAUCGUACGGCCACUCUCGGUUUCACUCUUCUGAUAUCGGACUUGGCGGCAUGGACGUCGUGCCAGGCGGCGUGAAUCAAUGGUGGUUUCCCUGGCCUCGCAAAGCCCACGUAGCAGGCGGUUUUGCGCGUGUGGUGUUGGGUUGGAGCAACGGCCGACUGGGAUUCGGGGAUUCGGAGAUUCUGGGC